CUUCCGGCGUUGCUCCACUAUUUCCCAAAGCUCGAGCUAGUCUACACUUGCACUUUACUUCCGUUCGAUUUAACACCUCGCAGUUCGUAGUAGAGGAAUGGUUUGAUACACGGUUACAUAUCCAUCAUCUUGCGUACUCAAAUCUGUUCACAAGACUUCACAGCACAAUUGUCCAUCUGUCCUCUUUGGACAUCAAAGCUCACUCUACUCCACCAUUGGUCCCUUCAGUCACGCAAAUUCAAAUCUCGAAGCCUCACCUCGUCGGUAUAAUUGAACAUGGCAUCAUCCCUCUCUCCCGCUGAACAACUCCAAGCUCAGGCCGAUGCUGAAAAAGCUCAUCGUGUCACUGUCGAAGACGUUCCAGAUGAGGAUGACAACAUCGGGAAGUCAUCCACGGAUGCAUCCUCUUCCUCUUGGGCUGCACCUAUGUCCGAGAAGGCUGCUGGUAAGAAAAAGGCUGCCGAAACGUCUCUUAAUGUUAAGGACGACAAGGCAUUCCCGUCUUUAGGUUCUGCCUCGAAAGGUCCAGCGGUCAAUUCCUCCACGAACAUGAACUGGGGCAAGCAGAAUGGCAUCAAUGGCGCUGCGGCGAAUACUGCUCCUCGUAGCUCCGGUGCACCGACUCUUCAAAUGCCUGGACUGCGCCCUGCUGGCCCUGGACUCGUUCUUCCCGGUCGUCAUCAGGAAAGCAUUGAUUUGACUCCAAGUCAAAUGCUCCCUCGCCAUCAAAUGAAGAAGCCUAUUAAGGAUACUCUGAAUGAUAUCAAUAGGACUUCUAAGGCCAAGGUCACUAUGAGAGAGGUUGGCGGUAAAUACAAGUUCGAAAGCCAAGGACCAACCGUCGACGAUGUGCGCAACGCCUUGAGACAAGUUGCCCGAGAGCUGGGCACCAAGCAAUCCCUCAAGAUCCCUGUACCAGCUUCGAUGAGACAACACAUUAUCGGAAAAGGAGGCGCUGUCGUUAAUGGAAUCAAGCAAAAAAGUGGAGCCAAUAUUCAAUUGCCCAAGCAAGACGCUGUCAAUACCGAAGACGAGGACGCAGAGGUUGAUAUCCUCAUCGAAGGUGAUCCUGUCGGUGCCGAGCUUGCUCGCCGGGAGAUACAGAAUAUCAUCAACGAAAGGGAAAAGAAUACAUCUGUCAACUAUCGCCUGAAGGAUAUUCCCGCAGAAUUCUACCCAUUCCUGUCUGGUCUGUCUCAUCCUCAUGGACCCGCUGGACCCGGUGAAAACAUCAUCCAAGUCAAAAUCCCUGACUACUACCACUACCACGCUACUCCUCCGCCACAACAGUCGGCCGAUGGAAGGUUUGCGUUUGCAGCUCAGCCAAACCACCCGAUCCAGAUCAGUGGGCGUCGUCCAGCUGCGCUCCAGCUCCGUGGGGAGCUUGAACGUGAAGUAGAGAGACUUAGGCAAGAGCUGGCAGUCAAAGAAGUUACUAUUGAGAAAGCAAAGCACCGCUUCAUCGUCGGCGAACAUGGUGUGCCACACCAUGACUUCCUUGAAGAGACUGGCUGCACCGUUAUCCUACCACCACACCACGAAGACUUGGACGUAGUCUACGUCAUAGGCCCUAGCAACCGCUUGGAGGGCGCUGAAGAGAAGGCGUGGGAUCUCGUGGACUCGAUGAGCAUGACUGCGGUUGAUGUGGCCAAGCAACAUCGUCAGGCAAACCCGACCGCUGAGCAUGCACGUGGUCUCUUCCAAUACCUCCGCCAACGACAAAUCAUCGAGGAGCUGGAGAGGCAACAUGAAGUUUCAAUUGUCCACCCCUCGACUCAGCCGACAGCAUGGAAUAUAUAUGCCAGAUCUGGAGCAAAGUCUGCACGACUGGUAAACCAAGACUUGGUGUCUUUGAUAGCAAGUCACCCUCCGUCCCGCAUCAAGAGUAUACCUGUAGAUCCGUUCUAUCUGCCACAUCUUCGUAGCCGGGUGGCUCCUCGUAUCAGAGAAGAUCAUGGUGUUUUCCUUGCCUUACCCGAAGAAUUCCAAGAACAGCCAGAACUUGUUUUGGUGUACGAAGCAUCCGAGCCACCUUCUGAUUACAAUGUCCCUCGUGGUCAGCCAGGUACUGAAGUUGCCGCGAAGUUCGCACAGGCGCUUCAGCAAGCACAACAAGAAAUCGAGAGCAUCAUUGGUGGCCACAAAGCAGUACAAUCGCAGGAAGUAGAUGCUCCAUCCAAGUUCCAUGACAAGAUACGCCGUUACGUGGCGAAAGAGCAACAGAGCCUACCUGCCACGCAGGUUCCGAUCCAGGUACUCCUAGCCAAUCAACGGGCCCAGAGAGCUGCGGCUCAACAGAACACGUUUAGUGGUCUCUCCAUGCGUGGUCCACAAGAUACACUACCCGCAAUGUACGCUAAAGUUCUAGAAUUCAUCAAGCAGGAGGAGAAAGACGAGCUUGCUCGGGGCUAUGUCACGAGCUGCGACUUUCCCCAGCAGUAUGUGAAGAUGCUUGUUGGACAAGGUGGACGUAACAUCAUCAAGUUGCGUGAGGACUUUGAUGUCGAGAUCAAUGCCCAGCAAGAGGGCAAAGUGGAAUUCAAGGGUCCUCAGGCCAAAGCCGAAGCAGCCAAGGCUCAUGUUCUGUCUGAGCUGAAGAGAUGGAAGGACCAGGCUACUCACGAGAUGACCGUAGCGCCAGAGUUUCACGCCUUGUUGAUUGGAGCUGGUGGUCAAAAUGUCAACAGAUUGGCCGAUCGCUAUGGCGUUCGCAUCAACUUUCCCAAAUCAAAAGAUAGCAAGAUGGACGAUGCAGCGUCUGUGUCUGAGGCCGGUGACAGGAAGCGUUCACAGGCACCGCAGGCGGCAAACAAGGUGAUAAUUACCGGGCCUCUAGCUGGUGCUGAUGCGGCUAGAAAAGAGUUCGAGGACCUCUUGAAGUUUGAGGUGGAUCACUCUCACACAGCCACGAUACCAGUGCCCAGAAGCCGAGUUGGCAUGCUUCUCGGUCAAGGGGGACGCGAAGUAGAGGAAAUCCGACGGGAGACUGGAGCACGAAUUGAUGUGCCGAAGCCGGAUCCCGAGGCCGACCCGAACAGCAAAGUCGAAAUCACUGUGAAGGGCACGAAAACUGCAGUUGAGGCCGCCAAGAAGCUUCUCACAAGCCGAGUUAAGGUUUUGGAGAAUACGGUUACUAGGACUAUUAACGUGGAUAGUGCCCAUCAUAAAGCUCUCAUUGGGAGCGGAGGUGCAAACAUCCGUGACAUUGUCAUCAAGGCGGGUGGGCCUGAAGACCGGCGAGGGAUCACCCGUAUGGUCCGCUUCCCAAACGCCAACACGGACGGCACCGAGAUCCGGGUCGAGGGCAGAAAAGAAGUUGUUGACAAGAUCGUUGCUGCCAUCCAGGAGAUUGCAGCGUCUCGUGACAGCCAGGUAGAGGAAGUUCUUGAGGUGGAUAAGGACAAGCAUCGUCUUCUCAUUGGCCGUGGCGGUGAGAAACGUCGCAGCCUUGAGUCUCAAUUCGAAGUCUCACUUGAUAUUCCCAAGGUAGAUGUGGAGGGCCCAGCGCGGAACCGGGUCAGGAUUACUGGACAGCCCGAUGCAGUGAGCAAGGCCAAGGAGCAUAUCCUUGAGCUUGUGAAAGGUCAAGAAGGGGAGACAAUCCAGGUACCGCACCACCUACACCAUGUUCUUGCCGACAACAACAACUUUUUCCGUGUACUUCGCAACAAUCACAAAGUGCGUGUUGAUCACGGUGGUCAGAAGCCGCCGCAGCGACCAGCAGUAAGCACGCCUGCAACGGCGAAUGGAGGCAACUUGCCACUAAUCACAGACGACGUGAACGGGUCGGGAGAAAUGCCUUAUCGGUGGUCAAUAUCGGAGCCAGCAGUUAUCGAGACGUCGGACGAGACGAUCCCGUGGAUCUUGAUAGGGCCAUCAGCGGAGGAAGUCGCCAAGGCCAAGCAGUUGAUUGAGAGCAAGCUGGCCAACGCUCCAAGUGGUGGCAGUGUUACAGGACAUUUGGCGCUACCCGACUCACGAUCGUAUGGAAGCAUUGUCGGACCAGGCGGAAGCAAGAUUAACAGCCUGAGGAAGCAGACGGGGACGCAGAUCCAGGUCCCACGCAAUGGGUCGGAUGCGCCAAUUGAGAUUACAGGGAGCAAAGAGGGAGUGGAGAAGGCGAAGAGUCUUAUAGUGGAGCUUGUUGGACAAGGCCAGAGGCGUGAGUAGAAGGGAAGCUCGGGGUGUAGAUGAAAAAGAAGAAGAUGAAGAUGAUGAGUACAAAGCGACGAGUUGCGGAAAUCUUACGGCCUGGAUAUGACAGUGACGCGCGUGUUGCUCAAUCCCAAGCAUACAUAUAUGUAGACAGCAUAUACCCACCUAGGAGAGAUCAGAAAGCGAUCAAAAGUUGUUUGCAGAUAUAUAUUAUACAAGUAUAUCAUUAUUUAGCCCUAUACCUACCUGUAUGGGGAUGGAAAAGAUUAAUGUCAUCAUCAACUGUUAAUAAUAC